GACGCAUAUUUUCUUAUUUUGAUUUAUAAAGGUAUGUCGGUGUCUUCUCCUUUGUCCCUUCCUUCUUUGGUUUGCUGUUCUCUCUUUGAGGAAGACGGAAGGAGGUGUUGCGGAGGCGGUGAUACUUCUUGUUGUUUUUGGAAAAUGGGUGCUUGUCGCUCCUCGCUUGUUCUACUCGCCCGAUCCGAGGAUCUGCCGGGCACGCGACUCGUUGGCCUCGCUCAUCAGGACGAUGCAGUUUGUCUGUAUGUCAAUCGAUACCAAAGGAAAUGCUACAGGAACCUGAGGUUUGGACCUCUGUUUUCUGAGGGGUUUCUCUUUUUGUGAGAGGUCAAGUCUGGUGCAAAUGCCGAGAACUUGGGCUUAGAUUAAAC